UCAGGCCUGAAAACGACGUUCCGUCUAACACACAUUUCUCAAAUUUUUGGGUUCCUCUUCUUCGUCGGUUGGGUCUUGUCCCUCUCUCCCUCUCGCAUUCCAACUCUUAAUAGAAAAUCAUACCCAACAAAUCAAAUAAAAGAAAGAGAAAAAAAAUACCCAGUUGGGGAUCUGAAAGACUUAAGACUUUCUUUCAAGUUUGUAAGCUUCUCUGGUUCACAGGCAAAGAACAAUGUGGACCACUCGAGGAGUUGCUUUGUUAAUUGGGCUGCUGGUUGUGAAUCUGGUGGUGGGUAUCAAUAGCGAUGAUUCGACGAGGUUGGUGAAGAAGGUGAAGGGGGUCAAGGUUUGUAUCAAAGAUUGGGAAUGCAAUCGAUGGUCUAAAUUCUGUUGUAACCAAACCAUUUCCGAAAACUUCCAAGUCUACCAGUUUGAGAACCUUUUCUCCAAGCGCAACUCUCCGGUGGCCCAUGCCGUCGGAUUCUGGGAUUACCAGUCUUUCAUCAUCGCCUCUGCUAUUUACCAGCCGUUAGGCUUCGGCACCACUGGUGGGAAACUCAUGCAGAUGAAGGAGGUCGCUGCUUUCCUCGCCCAUGUCGGCGCUAAAACAUCUUGUGGUUAUGGAGUUGCCACAGGAGGACCAUUGGCCUGGGGUCUUUGUUACAACAAGGAAAUGAGUCCUAGUCAGUCGUAUUGUGAUGACUCUUACAAAUUUGAAUUCCCCUGCACUCCUGGAGCCCAAUACUAUGGCCGCGGUGCCAUACCCAUCUACUGGAACUUCAAUUAUGGUGCUGUUGGAAAAGCGUUGGAUGUGGAUCUAUUGAACCACCCAGAAUACAUUGAGCAGAAUGCUACACUUGCAUUCAUGGCCGCCAUGUGGAGGUGGAUGACCCCAAUAAAAAAGUUACAGCCUUCUGCUCAUGAAGUCUUUGUUGGUGGAUGGAAACCUACCAAGAAUGAUACUUUGGCUAAGCGGGUUCCUGGAUUUGGCGCCACAAUGAAUAUUCUUUAUGGAGAGAUGACUUGCGGACAGGGUGAUAUUGAUCCCAUGAACACCAUCAUUUCCCAUUACCUCUACUACCUUGAUCUGAUGGGUGUUGGCCGUGAGGAGGCAGGGCCGAAUGAAGUGCUAUCCUGUGCUGAGCAGGGUGCCUUCAACCCAGCCACCGUGGCCCCUGCCACAUCAUCUUCUUGAGCUUUAUAUAAUGGUGUUAGAUAGCCUAUUCCAUCCUAAGAAAACUAUACGUUAAUGUGUGGGAAUUGAUACUCUCCAAAGUGGAAAAAAUAAGGGUUGGUGAAGAAGCAGCUUCCAUACAAUCAUUUUCGACUCUAUGGAUCAUUGAAGCUAAACUGCCCAGUUAAUGUAUAAUGUGUUUCAUUUAGUUAUUGCUACUCUCUGUUGUUGGCUGUAGAUUUUGAUAUUUAUUUGUUUCCAAAAGAUCAAAGUGUGUGGAUAUUUUAUAUGUAAUGUAUGAACCUUUUUUGUUCUUUUAUAUGGUGUUUCAUUUGCAGAUUUGUAAAGUUAAUAAAAGUGCUUAUUUUUUCUGUGAUC